CUGGGGAUUGGCUGGCGGGCGGGUGACGCGCAGCGCAGGGGGCGUCUGUCGCGCGGCGGCUGGCCGGCCGUAAAGCGCGGAAGGUCAGUCAGGCCUCCCGCCUCCCCUCAGGAGUGGUGCUGAGGUAACAUCUGAACACAUCUAGGUGGUGCUUUAAGAAAGCUGACAAAUAGCUGUCGGGAUGUUUCUCCGAUUACUGUCAGAUGUCCGGUGGCGGGCGGCUAACCCAAAAUGGAGAAGAACAACCUGCUGCCGGCGAAGUACCUCAAGCACAGCAGAACCUCACCCCGUUUCCUUGCCAGCGCAGGCGCAGGUUGUCAUCUGCGGUGGCGGAAUCAUGGGCACCUCCGUGGCAUAUCACCUCUCCAAGAUGGGUUGGAAGGAUAUAGUCUUACUUGAGCAGGGCAGGUUGGCUGCUGGUACCACUCGCUUCUGUGCGGGCAUCGUGAGCACAGCCAGGCACGCGUCCAUAGAGCUGAAGAUGGCAGACUAUUCAAACAAGCUCUACCAGCAGCUGGAACAGGAGACGGGAGUAAACACAGGGUACACGAAGACAGGCUCUAUUUCACUGGCUCAGACUCAGGAUCGACUAAUCUCUCUGAAACGCAUUGCUUCAUCGCUGAAUGUAAUGGGGAUACCUUGUGAAAUUAUCACCCCAAAGCAAGUGGCACAGCUCCACCCACUGAUCAACAUCCAUGACCUUGUGGGGGCCAUGUAUGUGCCAGAAGAUGCACUCGUGUCAUCUGCCAAUGUGAGUCUGGCUCUGGCAACCGCUGCCUCGCGGAACGGCGUCCAGAUUCAUGAACGGACGAGUGUCAGUCAUGUCUCGAUCCAGAAGGGUCGUGUGACUGGAGUUGAGACCGACAGAGGACAGAUUCAAUGCCAAUACUUUGUCAACUGUGCUGGCCAGUGGGCCUAUGAGCUGGGCCACUCUGGGGAGGAACCAGUCAAUAUCCCACUCCAUGCCUGUGAACACUUCUACCUCCUGACACAUCCUUUGAAGGAACCUCUGGCAAGCAACUUACCAACUAUUGUAGACCCAGAUGGCAGGAUCUACAUACGCAACUGGCAAGGUGGCAUCCUCUCGGGAGGCUUUGAGAAAAACCCCAAACCUCUCUUCACGGAGGGACGGAACCAGCUGGAGAUUCAGAACCUUCAAGAAGACUGGGAUCAUUUUGAGCCGCUUCUCAGUGCCCUUCUGCGCAGGAUGCCGGAUUUGGAGGCUCUGCAGAUCAUGCAGUUGGUGAAUUGCCCGGAGUCCUUCACGCCAGAUAUGCGGUGCAUCAUGGGAGAGUCACCCACCGUGCGGGGCUACUUUGUUCUGGCUGGCAUGAACUCAGCUGGUAUCUCAUAUGGUGGGGGAGCAGGCAAGUACCUGGCAGAGUGGAUGGUAAAUGGGUAUCCCUCAGAAAAUGUCUGGCCUCUGGAUUUGAAACGUUUUGGUACCCUUCAGAGCAGUCGCACUUUCCUCCGUCACCGUGUGAUGGAAGUAAUGCCCCUCAUGUGUGAUCUGAAAGUUCCCCGCUGGGAUUUCCAGACCGGCAGACAGCUGCGAACUUCACCGCUGUACGAUCGUCUGGAUGCCCAGGGAGCGAGGUGGAUGGAGAAGCAUGGAUUUGAGAGAGUCAAGUAUUUUGUCCCACCUGGGAAAGAUCUGCUGGAUUUGGAUCAGAGCAAGACCUUUUACAAACCUGACUGGUUUGAUAUCGUGGGUUCCGAAGUCAAGUGCUGUAAGGAAGCAGUUUGUGUCAUCGACAUGUCGUCUUUUACCAAGUUUGAAAUAAGCUCCACAGGAGACCAGGCCCUGGAGAGUCUGCAGUAUCUCUUCUCAAAUGACCUGGAUGUGCCAGUUGGGCACGUUGUGCAUACGGGCAUGCUUAAUGAGAAAGGAGGUUAUGAGAAUGACUGCAGCAUAGCACGGCUGAGCAAACGCAGCUUCUUCAUGAUUUCCCCUACUGACCAACAAGUCCAUUGCUGGGCCUGGCUGAAGAACCGCUUGCCCGAUGACAGCAACCUGACCAUGGAAGACGUGACCUGGAAGUACACGGCUCUCAAUCUGAUCGGCCCUCGUGCUGUGGAUGUCUUGUCAGAGUUGUCUUACGCCCCGAUAACUCCAGAACACUUUCCCUCUCUCUUUUGCAAGGAGAUGAGUGUGGGCUACGCUAAUGGCAUCCGUGUGAUGAGCAUCACUCACACAGGGGAACCUGGAUUCAUGCUUUAUAUCCCCAUAGAGUACGCCCUUCACGUGUACAACGAGGUGAUGAACAUGGGACAGAAGUACGGGAUUCGGAACGCCGGUUAUUACGCGCUCCGCAGCCUGCGCAUCGAGAAGUUCUUUGCCUUCUGGGGGCAAGAUCUGGAUGCCUUUACCACUCCUAUGGAGUGUGGACGCGAGUUCCAGGUCAAGCUGGAAAAGGGAAUGCAGUUUGUUGGCCAGGAAGCGCUGUUGGAACAGAAGCAGAAUGGUGUGUACAAGCGCUUUACCAUGUUCAUUCUGGAGGACCAUGACACAGAUACGGACCUCUGGCCCUGGUGGGGGGAGCCCAUUUUCCGCAACGGCCGCUACGUGGGCAAGACCACCAGCAGUGCCUACAGCUACAGCCUGGAGCGUCACGUCUGCCUCGGCUUUGUGCACCACUUCGACGAGAAGACAGGGGAAGAGCUGGUGGUGACAACUGACUUCAUCAACCAGGGCGAGUACGAGAUCGGCAUUGCUGGGCAGCGCUUCCAGGCCAAAGCCAAGCUCUACCCCUUCAGCUCCCUCUUCACGCACCGUCGCCGCAAGGAUGAGGUGGAACUGAGUGGCUACCAGAGGGAGUAGCGCUGACUAGGCCUCACCCGCUCCUUUUCCCAAGCUGGAGUCUUCUCCCACCAUCUUCCAAUCCUUUCUUCUCACCCCGUAUAUUUCUUUCUUUCCUUUUCUUGUCUUGCAACUUUUAAACUUUUUCCAGUGUGUUACAUUUUGUAUAUUUUAAAACUUUAAUUUUCAAGCGUUCCCCCAUCCUGUCUGUCUCCCUCCUUCAACCCCUUUGCUUGCCAGGCUCCCCCGUGCCCCAGUGGAUGAAGCGCAGUGCUGAGCGUGCAUCCAGAAGUCGGUGGGAAGCCUGCGUAGGAGCGAACCCCACCAUGGCGAGGGGAAGGGUUUGGGUGAAGCCCUGAGGACUUACACCCUUCCUCUCCAGCGUAAGGCGUGGGACAGCAGGGAUUUGCUGCCUGUGGUUCAGACGAAGGCUGUGACUUCACCCCGCUCUUUUCAUACCACAUUGUAGAGGGAUUGAUGCACCAAUGCCCGCAGCAAUAGAGCCAUCAGCUACCUCACCGGCACGAGACAUAGCCUUGUGUGAGCAGCACCGAGAGACGGGUUUUGAUAUAGUCCAGCCUGUCACUGCCCCUGUUUGCCCACUAUUUUUCUCCCUAACAUGGAGUCAAGUAGAUUUAAUCGUCAGAUCAUUGAGAUGACAGUAGCGCUGGUAAGUUUGGUGUUGUUGGGAUUGGAUUUUUUGCGUGGGGUCACUGAAACUAAAAGGCCUUCUAUAAAUGUAAUUGAAGAUGAA